UUGCUCCUGUGCGGCGGUCAACAGGGAGGACACGGACUCAAAAUGAGAAGAAAGAGCAUAUUAUCUGCCAGGAGAAAAGUGUCACAUAGCUAGCGUGCUCGGAGCCUGAUAAGAAGCGUGACCGCAAAUACUGUUUACUCUGUGUUACGCCGAUCCCAAGGACGUACAGGGGAAGGCAAACACGGGCGAGACUGGGGACAAGGUGCGGGAUUUGGAUGGCGUUUGCCAGGGCCAGGGAAGGGCUGCUGAACGCGUAAAGAGAGACAUGAGCUUGGGAAUACGUGUGGAUAUCAUGUCUUGACUACAAAACAUUAAUUAUUCGCGGAUAAACUGCAGCAGCACGUCAGAAAUAGAAGGCCUCCCCUGAUGGAGCACUGUGCUCCUUAAUCCAGCCAGAAACCUCCCUGACAGUCAAGCGACGAGCUACGGCAAAGGGACGCUUUAUUCGCAAUUGAGGGGAUUUAUGGGAUCACAAGUUUCCUCUGAUGAGAUGAGUGUGCGUGCUGGCCAGGGCAGUGAUGAGGUGCUGGUUUCACAGGCAGUGUGGGAUUACCUGGCUGCAGCUGGGCGGCCCUGGCUCAUUGACUUCCAGAACAAGCAGGGGAUGAGCGCUGGUAUCAUUAGGCGUGGAGAAAGGGGGGGCUGCUGCGCUGUGAGGCUGCAGCCGGUGGAGGGCUCCAGGAGCGCCGGAGCUGGGGUGAUGGAUGGACCCAUCUCCAGCGAGACGCGAAAAGCCUUCAUUGACUUAUGCCGCUGUGCCCGCAAAGAAAUGAGCAAACAGGAGGGGGGACCCAAGAGGAAGAGGGCUCUGCUGCCCUGUGUGGGAGUCCUGGAGUCGAACGGAGAGGGGAGCCUACUUCAGCCUCCACCUCCCCAGCCUCGGCGCUCCCAAAGACAGCAGCAGAGGUUCAGGAAGCCUGCUGACGAGGAGGCCUGCGCCAUGCUCCACGAGGCAGCCCAGAGGAAGGAUGCGGAUUCCAGCAUGGCUUCCCAUAACGAGGCAGAGGACAACAAAACGUGUUCAAUCUGCAUGGGGGACAUAGUGGAAAAGACUACCCUGGAGAGGUGUGGCCAUUCGUUCUGUCGCUCUUGCCUGGAUCAAGCCUUUAAGGUGAAGAAAGCGUGUCCUGUGUGUCGGCUAGUGUACGGCCAGUUGAUUGGGAACCAGCCUGCCAAUGGUACAAUGAUCGUAGAGAGAGACCCUGAUGUGGAGCUUCCUGGCCAUGAAGGCUAUGGGUGUAUCUGCAUCAUCUACAGCUUCCCUCCUGGCCUACAGGCGCCAGAACAUCCAAACCCAGGUGUUAGGUACCCAGGAACUGACCGAGUGGCCUACCUCCCUGACAGUCCGGAGGGGAACCGUGUGCUGGGCCUGCUGCGCCGGGCCUUUGAACAGCGCCUUAUCUUCACCAUCGGUACCUCCAUGACUACGGGCAUGCAAAAUGUCAUCACUUGGAAUGACAUUCACCACAAGACCUCAAUAUGGGGCGGGCCCCGCUGUUUUGGCUACCCAGACCCCACUUACCUGGUGCGAGUGACAGAGGAGCUCAGAGAGAAAGGCAUCACGGUGGACUGACAGCAUGGAAAUGACAGAUUCCACCAAGACUUUGUAGGACUUUCCGAGUGUCCUUGUGGUGGACAUGACUCGGCUCCAGGUUGUGCUCUGAGACUGCCCUUCCCUUAAAGGAUGGCUGAAGACAAGGCCCUCAGCAGACAGGCGUCUAAUGCUGCAGCAGAGCCCACAUCACUUCACUAGUUGUUCGUCUGUUCUUUUUUCCUCCAGAGUUCCUCUUAACCCAGUGCUACAUGUGGAAGAAAAUACUUUUGAGUGCAGUGCAUUCUUGUAUUACACAAUCCUCUACCUGUCACUGUUGGCAAUAGGACUGACAUCUGAUGCACUUAUUUAAGAGCAUCGUGGCGUGUUCAUGGUACUAUUAUUUAGGAAGUUUAAGUUUAAUGUUAUAAAGACAGUUUAUGUUAUAUUAAUGUUUAUUUCUACACUGGGGAUUACUUGAUUUCUUUCAAGCACAUGUUCUUAGUUUUGUCACCCCAGAAAUAUUUGUUGAGUAAGUCACUAAUUUGACUAAUUACCUGUUGUAAGUACGUGAAUGGCAGAAUAGCACUGCUUCAGUAGAAAGAAAUAAUUUUCAGAAAUUAUUGCAAUCUAAAGCACUCACAGGCACUUUGGUAAGUUCGGUUUGUUUUUCAGUUAAGUCAGAGUCAUGGUGUUUGCUUCCUCUGUGGAAGAGUGCCUGGGGCAAACAGGUUUCGUGCAGCCACCAGCUAUUGGUGUGGGGGCUACAAGUUGAUGUCAACUGGUUGGAACUUUUCUUUUCAUUUUCUUUUUUUACUCAAAUAGAAAGAAUGUUAAAAUAUCUCUCACAGCGGCAUUUAUUACAUGCAUUAGGACUGUCCCCUGGGCUUUUUUUUGGUUGCCAUUGGUCACGUCUGUUAUUUCAAGAUGUCUCCCAGGUGUUGAGCCCAUUACCUCAGUUCUCAGUAAUGUGCUCAUAUAAUUACCAGAUUUAUGACGAUGUCAAAUAUAAAGGGCAUACAGACCACUUAAACCAAAUCAAAGGCACAACAGCUCUUUAAAUAUCUAUGCCUCUGUCCCUGUCAAAGUUGGAGAUUUGCCUGAUUAUGUUCUCAUUUAAAAUGAGGUAACUGUUGUAAAUGUGUUAAUUUAAAUAGAUUACAUAGGAUACACAGUGAAAAAAUAUCAAAAGGAAAUGUUGCGGGAACAAUUCAUCUUUUUUUGUGCCUUUCUUAUAUUCACUUUUGAUAAAAAUCAAGCAUGAUGUUACUGAUGAAUAAUAAGCAGUUUGGGCGUAUUUCAGUGUUAUUUGAUAGUUAAACAGCAUUAUGUUUAUAGCUAUACUAUCUGGCUUUAAGAACAAACACUACACCGUUCAUGAAAAUAUGUAAACGAAUGUGUAUUAAAAAAGCUUCUUCAUAAACAUCAUUGUAGUCCAAAUGCAGAAAAAACCCUCCAAAUUGAUGAAGCUGUAUGUGUGAAAGUGCUUUGCUAAGUGCAGUAACCUGCUUGGCUCUUGGUAAAUUUGUCAUUAAUUUGGCUGGUUGGAUCCACACACCAAAUACCCUUUUAUUACGUUUUCAUCCCCUUUGUAUUUUAGUUAAGGGACCAACGGAAAUAUUUUUGGGACACUUACUAAAGCUACUGUGCAAACAUUUCUAUGCAUUACAUGACUGAGGAGGAGCCAGGAUAUCUGGAGAGAUUACACAUAUUACAAAUUGAUUGUUAAGGAAAAGUUGGAGUUUUGCUUUUCUAAUUGUGUUGAUUCGUACUUUGUUGAUAUUCCGAAAAAUGUGCUUUACAUUUUAAUACUUGAAUAAAAAGUUAUGUUUGGGA